AUGCCGUGGAGAGACCAUCUUGGGGAUGUAUACCGGCACCUCCCGGGCCGCAAUGUGAACAGGUUCCUUGCCUUGCAUCGCGGCUACCGAGUAAAUUUCCUACAUGUCAUCCUGAACCUGCAGUUCCCAGAAGUGCAACAUGAAAAUAAUGAGCCGCUUAAAUGUCGGGAGACCGUUGACGAUAUCCAAGCUUGCAAUGAGUAUCUUACCAGCCGAGUUUCAGAAUUGUUUACGGCAAUUAAGAUUUUAGAGGAGCGAGAGCUCCCAAACCACCAACCAACAGGGCUAUGUCUAACUAUUGAAUCUCCAUUCCAGUCAGACAAAAAUGAUCGGCAUUGUAAUCACCGCAGAUUUCAUCGCUGGAGUGUCCAACUCCUUAACCCUGAAAACCUUCCCAAGCUCUUUUCAACUGUCGAUAUUUUCACGAGCGUUUCCCAAAUUAUUCAAUCUACCCGGUUAUCUCUCACUUCACUCGACCGUUGGGAGGGUCCCUGGAGCGAUUCCAGACACGCCUUCGGCGAGGCGAUUAGUAGUGAUAUGGUGCCUGCGAAACUGAAAACAGCUGGACUCUACUUUUGCAGUAACAUAGAUAGCCACCUGGGAUGGCAUGUGGACCAAAGCGCUGCUCUUCCGGAUCUUGUCAGCCCUCUGUCCUAUAACCUGCUUAACUCUCGCGUGUUCACACAGCGAUUAUUUGGAGCACCUGGAUGUCAAGUUUCAACCCGCAUCACCCUCUGGAAUAUGAUAUUUUCAAGGUCCGGGCGGCAAGAGUUCGAGUACACCAGGUUACAACGGCACGCACGAGCAUUACCCUCCCCUUACAGAAAGCUUUUCCGUAUAAUACCGAUUGAUGAACCUAGGCCCAUUCUUAGAAUCAUUUGCAAAAUCACUGUGCAACAUGCCGUCCCUGGAGAAGGCUUGUCUGCGAACGACAUUGAUGUGACGUCCUGGGCCAGACAUGAAAGGGAAGUAUACCAACUACCCUACAGCGAAUCGGUGAUCAGUUACAUAUUCUGCCUCGUGUGGAAUUCCUAUUUUGACAUGGCGGGUUAUCGGAGAAUGGAGGCCAAGCGACGAGUUAAGCCAGCGCUUUCAUGA